AUGGGUUCUACAAGUGCCAUGGACUCGUUGCCCAACGAGAUUCUAAACGACAUCCUCGACCUGCUUCCAACUCGCGAUCUUCUUCCUCUUGUUCGCGUGAACAGCCAUUUCUACUCGGUCGCUUUGCACAUUCUCCACCAGCGCCUUUUGCAGGCCGCUGCCCUUCCAGAACAUCGUCUCAUUCUUGAAUGCUACCACCCAAGCGCGAAGCUCUCGACCCCAUACCUAUACUGCGAUUAUCUCCGCACAGAUAAGCUCGGUGCUGGCCCCAAUGGCGACGAGGAAGCCAACGGGCCCGAACCCGAGCCGACUCUUGCCGGAUUAAAGGGCCUAUACUCACACUUCAGACCCGUCGUUCAGGAGGAGAAUCGCCGACCGAGGCUACGCUAUCCAAGACGGCAACAGCAGCAAGCCAACAACGGAGCACCAUCCACAGAUGUCAAGGACCACCGACCGUCCGAGGAGGUCUUCCUCGACGAAGGCGAGGUUCUCUCCCAGCUCUGCUGCACAACUAACCUCGUCAAAGUUGGACCGAAGCCCGGCUUUUUCCUCAGUAACGUCAAUGUAAGCGACGGCGUCAUGCGUGUCUGGCGCAGUUGGUUAUCCGAUCAGAUCAAAACCCCGACCUCAUCAGUAUCGUCGUCGGCGUCCUCAUCAACCACAGACCUGCACGCCAAUGCGAAGAGAAGCGAGCAGCGAGAAGCAACACCAGAAAGAGCACCCGAAUCCCCAGAGGAAAGACUCGCCAGGCUAGCGGAAGCCAAAGCAGCCAGGGCCGUUCUCUGGGCUGACUCCGAGCGGAACGUGGGCGUCCGCUUUCGUGUUACGGAAAAACCGACUGACGAUUACACCAACAACCGCCACUACCGGCGCGAGCAGCCGCUGCUUGUGCCAGCCGACGAAGCAUACGAUGAAGAUGAACAACCGGUUGCCUAUCAGCUCGAAUUCGACGAGGUGCUGGUGAGGUCGAGCAGGCUGCUCUUCAUGAUGCAGAAGAGCGAGGAAGUGAGCGAGGGUGCGGGAGGGAACCAUGAAGCCGUCUUCAUCGACCCAACCGGCCCAGUUCCAGUUCCAGUCCAGAUGAUCUUCUGGCCUUCGAUGCUCAUCGGUGGCGACUCGGACACUUUCCAUUGGAACCACAUGAGCGCCCGGGAGAUGACCGGCCGGGCAUAA